UUUUUUAAAGAAAUUCGGAAAAGUUACGGAUGGGAGCAGUGCGAAUUUUCACCUUUGAGCUGUUUAUUAAGACGACGCCGGAAACGUUUUUAAUAAACAAUGGAUUCUGCUACAUGGGGUUUUGA